AUGGAGGAGGAUCAUGAUUUUCUCCACCUGCGGCCGCUCUCGACUUCCGAACCUCUGAAAGCCAAACUACCGACGACAUACAGUCCAGAACGCGAAAACGUCGUAUCUGUGGUUCCCAACCUUCUGUCCCUGGUUUCGCCCGAGCAUUUUACUCGAGAAUCUAGUCAUGGAGCCGGCGGAUUCAGUGACGUUCUUUGGCAACAACGCAGCCGUUCGCACAUAUUUGGCCCGGAUGGUGAACCAGGGGGAAGGCCCGACGUCGUGUGGGAUAAGCUAGAACCUGAUCAUGUCGCCGCCUACAGCUCUUUUGAGGGAGAAGGGGAAGGCGACAUCACAGCUACCGGUCAGGGCAACGCAUCUGGCUUGGAAGUAGCCGGGACCCCCAAGUUGGAAAACAUAACGGUGCAGCUUCCGCAGUCGACACUCACGCAACCUAUAGCCCUUUUCGAAGGUUUUGUGCCGCCGGCAGAAGUAGCUGCAGAGACGGAUGCGUUGAGUGCGCUCCUCGCGAUCGCGAAGCCACCUAAACCUACGGAUCCAGGACAGCAAGGGGAUGAUCAUGUAGAAUUUGAUUUGGAGAGCUUCUCCAUUUACAUUGACCAUCAGCUCUACCCUGACGAACUAAGGCCUCUUCAUCAUCUCGCAACCCGUCAGUCAGCCGAUCGCUUCUUUUUUGACGGGCUGUUGAGCCAUGGAGACACAAAGCUCUACCUUCGCAAGAUCCCUUUCCGCCAACUUCCGAUUGGCAACUAUGAGACUGUGGAGCACACUGUCGGGGACCAGAUUUGGAUACGGUCGGAGCUGAACGAGGUGACAAACAAGGAGAUCUACUACAAGCUAGGUUCCCCCUCAAAGGAGUACGUCAGGUUUCACACGCCGUUCCUAUGGAUCGCCAACUUGGCUAAGCACGUCAUUAACUACUGCGAAUUCCUACAAGACGAGGGACGCCGUGCAAUGCUACAAGAUUUCAAAUCGCGAUUUGGUAUUUGGAUACUGCAGAAACACUUGAAGUGUGCAUCUUUCGAGAAAUGGUAUGCAGCCAACGGUGGCCCCGACUUUCGAGGCGCAAUUAUAGCAAACGUCGAAUUUAUUUGGAAAGAAGCCUAUGGUCUGGAGCCGAAGAUCACAUCCUGGCAUGGGGUAUGGAAGGAGAUCAAGACACUCGAACAAUACAAACCUAACCUGGCAUUGCCUGAAGAUUCCUCCGACGAUGAGGACGGGAACGCCCCCAAGUCUCGCAAGAAGGGGCAAGUGCCGAGGACAGUCGUCACUCCGUAUGUGCACAAUCUGUUCGCUCAUAUGAUCUUUGGGAGUGUCCUGAGGUUGGAAGAGCUGUCAAGUGGUACCGAGCGCAGACAAUUCGACUUCUUGCGAAACACGCAACCAACCCAGAUGACCAGUCUGGUGACCAGACCAACUGCCGUCAAGCGGACUUACCCGAACUGUGACAUGUUCAUUGCGUCGAUACAGCCAGGCGAUGUGAUAUCCACGAAACCCGACGACGACAGUACCGACACACAGUGGAAAGCUGAGGUCUCCAAGCAUUAUCACGGUGAGCACCUCUGGUUCGGCCUUGUCCAGAAGGUUCAUCAAUCGUCAAGGGGCAAGUACUCUUUCGACGUCAUCUGGAUGUAUCAACCAAUGGACACCCCAUGUGCUGUGAUGAAGUACCCCUGGAAUAACGAACUUUUCCUCUCGGAUAACUGCACUUGUCAUCACGGCACUGCAAGAAUCCAGGCAGAUCAGAUCCUCUCUACUCAUGAGGUGGAGUGGUUUGGGAAUCCGUCAACCUCCGCAGAGUUUUUCGUCCGACAAACCUACAUUGCCACGGACUGUAGGUGGACCACACUCCAGAGGGAACACAUGGUCUGCGGCGGCGACCGCUUAGUGGACGAAGCAGUCGGCACGUAUCAGGUUGGGGAUUCCGUGCUUGUGGAUGCCAACGAGAAGAACCUCGAGACAUUCAUUGUUGAGGCGCUCUUUGAAGAAGGCAAUAAACAGUAUGCUGGCUUGCGGCGGCUGUGGCGCAGGAACGCCCGUGACAAGGCGGCCGGUAACUCGCCACCGAAUGAAUUAGUCUAUUCCGAAGAACUCGUCGAUAUAUCUACGGCAAGGAUCGCCCGACGGUGCCUGGUGAGAGCGUUUCAAGUGGAUGAAAAGAUACCUUCUCCGUACAAUCGCAAUGGGACUGGCAACGCCUUCUACAUUACACAUGAAGAAGUCAAGGCUGAUAAUGGCAGCUUUGCCUAUGUUCCCCUUCGGUCUACCCGUCUAGAGCCUUUGCGACAAGGUUUUCACCCGUCUCGGACGGCGAGAUCGGAGAAGCUCCAAGGGCUGGACUUGUUCUGUGGGGGCGGCAAUUUCGGGCGCGGGCUCGAAGAUGGCGGUGGUAUAGAGAUGAAGUGGGCCAACGAUAUAUGGAAGGAAGCAAUCCAUACCUACAUGGCGAAUACCCGGGCUGAUGGAUGCACCCCAUACCUCGGCUCCAUCGACGAUCUCCUCUCCAGGGCCCUGCAAAACGACAGCAGAAUUCCUCGACCAGGGGACGUGCACUUCAUAUCUGGCGGAUCACCAUGCCCUGGCUUUUCUAUGCUGACCAUUGACAAGACUACGGAUAAGCAACGAAAGAACCAGUCGCUCGUAGCUUCAUUCGCUUCGUUCGUUGAUUUGUACCGUCCCCAUUAUGGCGUGUUGGAAAACGUCCCGCAGAUGGUAAAUACCAAGAAGUUCCGUGACACAUGCGUAUUCUCGCAGCUUGUCUGUUCGAUCGUCGGUCUCGGCUAUCAGGUCCAAAUAGUGCGGCUGGAUGCGUGGUCAUUCGGAGCGCCGCAAUCUCGGAGUCGAGUAUUCCUCUUGUUUUCUGCGCCGGGCUUUCGAAUGCCCAAUAUCCCAACACCGUCGCAUUCUCAUCCCCCUGGCACGCAGCUGCAUAAACUCGGCGUCAUGUCGUGCGGCCGCCCAUUUGACAGCCGAGAGCUGGUGCUGACUUCUUUCGAGUUCGUUAGCGCCGCAGAGGCUGUGGGUGAUCUGCCCAAUAUUUACGAUGCCAAAGCAGACUAUUGCGUUGGUGUUCCCGACCACCGACUUUCGAUUGGUUACACGCCACGCCUGCGGAAACAACUAUCGCUCAUCCCUACCCAACCCUUCGAGAUGAACUUCAGCAAGGCGUGGUUUGUCCCUCCAGGGAAGAAGGAGUUUCCCGAGGAGGAGAAGUCUAUCAUAACUGAGUCGGAACGCGAGUUGUAUCCCAAGGAAGCCGACAGGACGAAGAUUUUCUCAAAGGGAUGGGGGAGGAUUAAUCCCAAGGGCAUAUUCGGCACCAUCUCUACCACAUGCCAGCCUACAGACUCUCGGGUGGGCUGCACAAAUCACUGGGAACAGCCUCGACCCAUAACCAUCAUGGAAGCCCGACGCGCACAAGGGUUCCUCGAUCACGAGGUCCUCGUUGGCUCGACCGCCAAUCAGUUUCGAAUCGUGGGUAACAGCGUUGCGAGGCAAGUCGCGCUGGGUUUGGGGUUGGCAAUCCGUGAGGCCUGGUUUGGAACUCUGGUUGAUGAGCAGCUGCCGGUAUCACAAGCAAUGCCCACCGUGAUUGAGGAGGGAAUAGAGCUUCCGGAAUGCACAUUGCCCUGCCCUAGCUCCCACCCGAUCUCCCAAAGUAUUGAAGAAAAGACCCAAGGUAUUGAUGUGGAGGACGUGAACGUGAUAGACUCCAGCUCUGACGAGCCAGCCGAGGAUGUGUUCAUGAGGUCUGAUUCGCAACCAUCGGCUACCGUUACGCCCGCUACAAGCGAAUCGAACCCGGUAUCGGACUCCGAAACCAAUCGUAAGCGGCCGUCACAGAUUUUUGUUGAGAUCUUUGCCAAGAGACCCCGAUUGAGCGAACAGGUUCAACGUACCAACUACCCAACGUCGAAGCCCCAGAAAUACACCAUAUAA